AUGUCUACUGGGGUCAAUAUCUCUACCUCUUGGCCUGAGCCACCCCAAACGUGGCCUGUUGGCACUUUUCAAUUGCAAACCACUCUUCCAACUUUUCUUGUAGACUGGUCUGCCUGGCAGUAUAUCGUGGCGUUUCUGGCUGGUCUUAUUGUCUAUGAUCAAGUCAUCUACCUCAAACGAAAGGGUUCCAUCGUUGGUCCCUCAUUCAAAAUCCCGCUUACCGGUCCAUUUUUCCAAGCAAUUAAUCCAAAAUUUGAAUCUUACCUUGCACAAUGGGCGAGUGGGCCUCUCAGUUGUGUAUCCAUUUUCCACAAGUUCGUCGUUCUCAUCUCCGAUCGAGAUUUAGCGCAUAAAGUUUUCAAAUCUCCGACUUACGCGGAGCCAUGCAUAGUUCCGAUCGCCAAAAACAUUCUAGGCCAAAAGGCUUGGGUGUUCCUCCAGGGAAAAGCCCAUACCGAGUACAGGAGAGGGCUCACGCCUCUCUUCACCAAUCGAGCUCUGUCCUCUUACCUCCCUGGUCAAGAAAAAGUGUUCACUCGCUAUUUUGACAAGUUUGUUGCGGCCAGCGAAGCAAAUCAGGGACGGCCCAUGGAGUUUAUGACAAUGUUCCGCGAAAUCAACUGCGCAAUUUCCUGCCGUACCUUCUUUGGAGACUACAUAUCUCAGGAUGCCGUCAAGAAGAUCACCGAUAACUUUUAUGUGGCUACCGCAGCCCUCGAACUGGUCAACAUCCCCCUUUCGAUUUACAUUCCGUACACCAAGCCCUGGCUGGGGCAGAGAGCAGCCGAUGCGGUGCAUAUCGAAUUCGCGAAAUGUGCGGCGGCGUGCAAGGACAGAAUGGCCCUGCACUCGACACCCACAUGCAUCGUCGACCAUUGGGUCCUCAACAUGAUGGAGUCUAAUCGAUAUCACGAAAGGGUCGCCAAGGGAGAAAAAGACGUGGAGAAACCGACAAAUUUGAUCAGAGAAUUCUCAAACGAAGAGAUCGGAGAAACACUUUUUACGUUUUUGUUUGCAUCCCAGGAUGCAUCCAGCAGUGCUACCACCUGGCUAUUCCAAGUCAUUGCCCAGCGACCCGAUGUUCUCAGUCAAUUGCGAGAAGAGAACUUGGCGGCGCGCGGAGGUGACAGGAACAAAUCAUGCGAUCUGCCCAUGCUUGAGUCGCUCACCUACACCAACGCGGUCAUCAAAGAGAUCCUUCGCCACAGACCACCAGUCAUCUUUGUGCCUUACCUUGCAACAAAGGACUUCCCGGUCACGCCCAAUUACACCGUUUCCAAGGGGUCUAUGAUCAUUCCGUCCUGCUAUCCAGCUCUACACGAUCCGGAUGCCUACUCCAAUCCCGAUGUCUUUGAUCCAGAUAGGUGGAUCUCCGGAGACGCUGAAUCCAAAACCAAAAAUUGGCUUGUUUUUGGUGCAGGGGCUCAUGACUGCCUCGCAAGGAGGUACGUACCACUAUCGAUGGCUGCUAUGAUAGGCAAAGCGGCACUGGAGCUUGACUGGGAGCAUCAUGCUACGGAGAAGUCGGAGGAAAUUAGAGUCUUUGCGACGCUUUUUCCAAUGGAUGGAUGCCAAUUGGUUUUCAAGAAACGAUCGUAA